AUGUGGUUGUUGAAAAUUUCUAAGCAUCUAUUACUAUUGGAUUAUGAGGUAAGAAAUGAAUCGUAAUUGUAUCUCAAAAACCGGAACAUUUAAAAAUAUACAUAUGUAUCACAUAAUUCUUUUUCUUUUUCUUAUUUCAUCUCAUUUCAAAACUGGAUUUUUUUUUCAAAUUUCUUCAUUUCAUUCUAUCUUUUCAUAAAUAAUUUUUCUCAAAAAUUUCGUUAAAACAAAUGAAUUAACAAAUGACCAACAAGGUUUGUUUAUUUUAUUUUAUUUCAAAAAACAAAAAAUUUUUCCAAAAAAAUAUUGCAGGAUUUGUUUAUAACUCGCGUCUCAACGACCAACGAUGAUGUUCGAGUUGUGAAAAAAGUUGAGAAUUUUGAAAUUUCUGUUGAAAAUCGAGCGGCCCCUUCAUCCGGAUUUAAACAGUUAGUGUAUUUUUUGAUGAAAUCAAAAUAGGAUUGAUAAUGACCAUAAUGAUAAAAAAUAAUAGUCAUGAUCAAUCAGAUUUUAUCUUUCUUUUAUCUUGUGAGAUGGUUAUUAUUAUGAUUUUUAUUUUUAAAAGAAUAGAAAAAAAGAAGAUUGUUCUACUUAAUUUUUUGUCCACGUCAACCGUGUUUUUUCAUUUUUCAUUUUGAUUUUUUGUGCUAGACAAUUCAAAAAAACACUCCCACAGGGAACGGAGGAACACAACAAAGACACACCUCUGUUCUAAUCCGGGUUUGUUUUUAUUUGUCAUUUGACCGUCUCAUUUUUGUUUGCAAACAUUUCAUUUUUCAUUGUUGGCAAUUUUCAAAGAUCUUUUUUCAAAUCAUUUGUAUGUGAUAUGUCAAAAAUUUAUUGUAGAUUUGUUUGGCGACUUGCGGCUGCGAUUAUUGUUAUGACAACAUUAUUGGUGUUGUUAUUGGUGUUUGCGGCGGCGCCCAAAAUUCGAGCCGAACAGCAAGAGGUUAGAAAUGUAUGGGGUUUAGGGACCCAAUUCGAAAUUUCAAACUUAAUCAACUUUUAUAUAACUAAAGACUUUCUGUCAAACUCCCUUCCCAUUAAAAAGAACCCACCUGAAAAUUCCACGAAUAUAUCAAUCAAUCUUCUGUCCUCCUAAUUGCAAAGUUUCAUCAAAAUUCAAUUUUCCUCAUUGAUAUUCGAACCAUUCGAUUGUUUUGCACUUUCUGCACUUCCAUUUCGAUCAUAACUCCUUUGAUUCGCAUAUAAACACUGGAAAUAACAUGUUUUUUUGCAAAACUCGAAAAAAUAAAAAAAUAAAGUGAACCGAACAAGUGCGCUCUAACGAACAUAUUGCGCUGUUCGCAACAUUUCAAACAGGUUUCAAAGCAGGCAUGUGCAUCUCAUCCGCCGGCCGGACGGCACGGCAGCCGUGUGGGCGUGGCUUCGCCGUUUCGCUGGCCGAGCAGCAAAGAAGAAACAGCAGAAAAACAGCAGCCGCGGCAUGCCGGCCGGCUGCCGUUUUUCAAAAUGGGAAAGGAGAAGGUCGUCGCUCCGCCCCCUGCACACAACACACACAACAGCGCGCAACCCGAAAACCGUCGCACACACAAUUUAUUUAAAGUAGUCUCGCGUGCGCGUAAAUCUAGCUCUCUUUUUCAUUAUUUCAUAGUGUUUUUGGAGAAAUUUUUUGAUGAUUUCAAUGGAUCAAUUCAUCUGACGAAAAAAUGAAUUUCGCGACAUUUUUUGUCGCGAAAUUGCAAUUCGCGAAACGACACGAAAUUAAUAAAAUUAAAGAGGAAAUUCUUUUUUCGUGUGUUGGGUCUCGCAGCGAUUACGUGUCCCUUUAAUAUUUCUCCUUUAUUUUUGUGUUUAUUUCGUGUCGUUUCACGAAUUGCAAUUUCGCGACAAAAAUGUCGCGAAAUUCAUUUUUCUUCAAAUGAAUUGAUCCACAAGACAUUUCUUCAAAAUGGGAGCGGCAAUGCCGGCGUUUCGGCACGGCAGCUGCGGCAUGCUGUUUUUGUUGAUUCUUUGCAAAACGGCAGCGGCUGCUGUCGCCGUUUUUGAAACGGCAAAACGGCGGCGUAGCCGGCAAAAUGAACAUGCCUGUUUCAAAGUCUGAAGAGAAACUCACCAAAACCGCCACUUCGAUCACAAUAGAAAAAAUGAAAUGAUUUUCAAAAAAAAAAUUAUUUCACGUCACGUAGAAAAAUAAACACGUAUCUUUGCAAACAAUUUUUUUUCAGCCUUUCGUCGAAAAACCGCAAAAAUACAAAUGGCCUGCUCCAUCAGAAUCAAUUCAAAAAAAAUUUGAUCGUGCUGCUCUAACCACUGAUAAUGCUGCUUGUUCUGAAAUUGGCGGAAAUAUUCUGAAAAAAGGUGGAAAUGCAAUUGAGGCCAGUAUUGCCACAAUGUUUUGUUUGGGAGUUGUGAAUCCACAAAGUUCUGGACUUGGCGGUGGUUUUUUGAUGACUUAUUAUGAUAAGUAAGUUCAUUCAAUAGAUUUUUUUGUUUUUGAAAAUUAAAACAAAACCAUAAUCUAGGAAAUCUGGAAACUGUUAUUCUAUUGAUGCUCGUGAGACUGCUCCAGCUGCUUCAACUCGAGAUAUGUUUUUGAAUGACAGCGAUGGAUCGAAAUACGGUUUCCGUGCAGCUGGAACACCUGGAGAAUUGGCUGGAUAUUGGCAUGUUUUCAAAAAGUUCUCAUCUGGAAAUGUUACUUGGAGUGAACUUGUUGAACCAUCGGUUGUUUUGGCAAGAGAUGGACAUCCAGUGUCUAAAUUUUUGGCAACUGUUAUGAAAGUGAAGGAGAGACAUUUCAGAUUGUUUCCAAGUGUCAAGUAAGUCUCAGCUUUGUUUUAAUGAGUUUUUAAAAUGUUUUUUUCAGACAUUGGCUGAAUCCUGUAACAAAUGCAACUUAUCAAGAAGGAGAUAUUCUCAAACGCCCGAAACUUGCUAAAACUCUCGAAACAAUUGCAAAUUCUUCUGAUCCAAAUCAACUUUUCUAUCAUGGAGAAUGGGCAAAAAUAAUGGCAAAAGAAUUUAAAGAAGGAGGUGGAUUGAUAACUGAAAAAGAUCUUGCAAAUUAUAAAGUUCGAGAAUAUGUCAACUCAAACUCAAAUGAACAUUUCCGUGGAAGUUUGAUAAUGUGUGGUGGACCACCGCCUUCUUCAUUUGGUGUUACUCAAUUAAUCGUCUCUGUUAUGAGUAAACUAUUCCCCGAAGGUCAUACUGGAGAUAUCUAUAAUGAUCCUUCAGUUCUUCAUAAAUAUAUUGAAGCGAUGAAAUUCGCUUAUGCUCAAAGAACACUUUUAGGAGAUCACGAUUAUGUGAAAGAAGCAUUGGAAUUGUCUAAAAAUCUAACAACACCUGAAUAUACUCAAUGGGUUAUUGAUAGAAUGACUGAUAAAGCUCAAGAUUCAAAAGAUUAUGGAGGAAUUGCACAAUAUCAAGCACCAGAUCAUGGAACAUCUCAUGUAUCAGUUCUUGAUCAAUAUGGAAAUGGUGUUUCUUCUACAACAACAAUCAAUCGAUGGUUUGGUGCGGCUGUUGAAUCAACUGAAUUAGGAAUUUUGUGGAAUGAUGAAAUGGAUGAUUUUAGUACACCUGGAAUGGAAAAUGGUUUUGGAUUUGCGCCAAGUGCUACAAAUUAUAUUUCACCUGGAAAACGACCAAUGUCAAGUAUGAGUCCUUUGGUAAUUUUUGAUAGAAUUAGUGGAAAUGUUCGAAUGGUUGCUGGAGGAUCAGGAGGUUCGAAAAUUAUUUCAGCAUUGGCUAAUGUAAGUUUUAUAUAUUUAUUUUUAAAACAUUCAUAAUUAUUGACAAUAUUGUUUUCAGUCAAUUGUACGCUCUCUAAUAUUUAACACAUCAAUCAAACAAGCAAUCGAUGCUCCAAUGGUUCAUAAUCAAUUUACACCUGACAUCACACAACUCGAUGAUAAUUUCCCAGCAGAUUUUAAGAAAAUCCUCGAAGUCGAACAUCUUCAAAAAUUCAGAAACACAACUGGUUUCGAAGGUGUUAUUCAAGGAAUUGAUGUUAAACCAGAUGGUAUUUAUGCAUGUGGAGAUUAUCGACGAAAAACUCAACAAAUUCCAACCGGUUUCUAA